CUCCUCGAGGAAUUUGAUGUCUCCAGCAAUGAAUUCUCGGGGGAGAUUGGUGAUGGGGUUUUCGACGGGUGCACCAAGCUUGGGUUUCUGAAUCUCUCUUCGAAUCGUUUUACGGGGAAGCUGCCCGGGUCCCUGUUGGAUUUGAAGUCGUUGGAGCUGAUUAAUCUGUCGAACAACGCGUUUUCGGGCGAAAUCCCUGCGGGGUUCUUUACCUCAUUGCCCAGUUUGAAAACAGUGCAGUUUUCGUUCAAUAAUUUCACCGGCGAACUUCCUGACUCGUUAUGGAGGUUGCCCAAGUUGGAGAUGCUAGAUCUUAGUGCCAAUGGGUUUUCGGGUUCGAUCCCCUCGAGGAGCAUGUGCUCGAGUCCUAGCUUGCAAGAGCUCUACCUGCAGGAUAAUCUCUUUACUGGAACGAUUCCUGAGAGCAUCAGCAACUGUUCGGUGCUCUUCUCGCUUGAUCUCAGCUUUAAUUAUCUCACUGGAUCUAUCCCUUCUUCUCUUGGUUCGCUGUCCCGGCUUAGAGAUCUGAUUUUGGGGCAGAAUAUACUAGAAGGCAAGAUCCCGAGUGAGCUCAAGCUUGUUUCUACCCUUGAAAACUUGAUUCUGGACACAAAUGGCCUUUCUGGUUCGAUUCCUGAGGGGCUCAGCAACUGCACGAACUUGAACUGGAUUUCUUUGUCGAGCAACCAUUUGAGUGGGGAGAUACCCUCGUGGAUCGGGAAGCUUGAGAAGCUUGCAAUUCUGAAGCUUAGCAACAACUCUUUCUCUGGUGAGAUCCCGAAAGAGCUUGGGGAUUGCAAGAGCUUGAUAUGGCUUGAUCUCAAUAAUAAUAAUUUGAGCGGGAGGAUACCAGGUACGCUGGCAAAGCAAUCAGGAAAAAUUGCUGUUGGCUUGCUGACAGGGAAGAGGUAUGUUUAUUUGAAGAAUGAUGGGAGUAGAGAGUGCCGAGGGUCAGGCAAUUUGCUUGAGUUUGCUGGAAUCCGGCCAGAGGCUGUCAACCGGCUACCUAGCCGGGACUCUUGUAACUUUACGAGGGUUUAUAAGGGGAGCACCCAGUACACAUUCAACAACAAUGGUUCGAUGAUCUUUCUUGAUUUGUCUUAUAAUCGUUUGGAAGGUGAGAUACCGAAGGAAAUUGGGGAUAUGUUCUAUCUCAUGGUUCUUAAUCUUGGCAACAAUUCACUCUCUGGUCCAAUACCUAUGGAGUUGGGGAACUUGAGGUCUGUUGGAGUCUUUGAUCUCUCUCAUAACUUACUCGAAGGUCCUAUUCCUGGAUCCUUCUCAGGUUUAACUUUGCUAUCGGAGAUUGAUCUCUCUAACAACAAGCUUAAUGGUACCAUUCCUGAAUUGGGUCAGUUGGCAACAUUUCCAAGGUACAGGUAUGAGAACAAUUCAGGCCUUUGUGGGUUCCCCCUCCAACCUUGUGGAAAAAGUACCAUUGCGAACUUGGACAAUGAUCACCAGAUGUCUCGCCGUCGCCAGGCCUCCAUUGUUGCGAGCAUUGCUAUGGUUUUGCUCUUCAUCAUUCUUUGUAUCUUUGGCGUGAUCAUAUUUGUUAUUGAGAAUAAGAAGAGACGGAAUAUGAAGAGUAACACGAGCAAUAACAAUCUUCGAGAUAUGUAUACUGAUAACAGGUCACACUCGGGUACUGCAAACAGCAACUGGAAGCUGACUGGUACCAAGGAAGCCUUAAGCAUAAGUCUUGCCACAUUUGAUCAAAAGCCCCUGCAAAAGCUCACUUUUGCAGAUCUUCUCGAAGCCACCAAUGGCUUCCAUAAUGAUAGUAUGGUCGGCUCUGGUGGAUUUGGUGAUGUAUACAAAGCUCAGCUCAAAGAUGGCAGUGUUGUGGCAAUCAAGAAACUCAUACACAUCAGCGGGCAAGGUGACCGAGAGUUCAUGGCUGAGAUGGAAACUAUUGGGAGGAUCAAGCACCGAAAUCUUGUUCCUUUAUUAGGCUACUGCAAGGUCGGAGAAGAAAGACUCCUAGUCUAUGAAUACAUGAAGUAUGGAAGUCUGGAAGAUGUCCUCCACGAUCGAAAGAAGGCAGGGAUCAAGCUCAAUUGGGCGGCGAGGAGAAAGAUUGCAGUGGGAGCUGCCAGACAUAUAAUCCAUAGAGACAUGAAAUCGAGCAAUGUCCUCUUGGAUGAGAACUUGGAAGCUAGGGUUUCUGAUUUUGGGAUGGCAAGGAUGAUGAGUGCAAUGGACACACAUUUGAGUGUUUCAACACUGGCGGGCACCCCUGGUUAUGUCCCUCCAGAGUACUAUCAGAGUUUUCGGUGCACUACAAGAGGCGAUGUAUAUAGUUAUGGAGUUGUUUUGCUCGAGUUGCUCACAGGGAGAUUACCAACGGACUCUUCGGAUUUCGGUGACAACAACUUGGUUGGCUGGGUGAAGCUGCAUUCGAAGCUUAAGAUUAGUGAUGUGUUUGAUCGGGAGCUUAUUAAAGAGGAUCCCUCUCUGGAACUCGAGCUUCUUGAACAUCUGAAGAUUGCCUGUGCUUGCCUGGAUGAAAGGCCAAUGAGACGGCCUACAAUGGUGAAGGUGAUGGCAAUGUUUAAGGAGAUUCAAGCAGGAUCGACAGUAUGUUCGUCGGUCUCUGACGUUGCGGUUUCAGUGACAGAUGGGAGUUUUAACUCUUCAGAUAUGAGUUUGAAGGAAGGGAAAGAAGAAAAAGAUUGAAAAGCGCCUGCUUCUUCUUUCAUUACCAUUUAAUGGGUAUGAUUUUUUUCCCCUCCCGUUAUUGCAAAAUAUGUGUAAUAUAUGUAGGAAAUUCCUGUUUUUCUCCAUGUCACAUACGUUAGCAAGAGUUCCAUCUGAUGUAUAUAUUGUGAUUUUCUAGGAAAUGUUAUGAUUCCUUGUUUUGGGUUCA